CGAAAAAAAAAAAUCUAAAGGAGGAGAAGAGAAAGAGAGUUAUAAAUAGAGAAAGAGAGAUAAAAAAAAAAAGAGUUUAGGAUGUGGGUGUACCGACGCAGGAGAGGGAAGGAAGAGAGUGGAGGAUGAGCCCGGGCAGUAGGAUCCCCCCCUCGCCAGCAGGACUCCUCCCCCCUCCCCCCACCCCAGCACGCGUUGGAGGAACGUUUGCUCGCGCUUCAUCCUCCUCGCCCCGCCCACGUCUCCGCCCACGCCUCCGCCCCCUCGCCCGCUACAAGGCCGUUCCGACGGCUCUCUCGCACGGGAUUCUCUACCUUAACGGCCGGGCGGUGACGCGAGAGGUCGAAGAGAGGGAGAGAGAGAGGUAGGAGGAAAUAAAUCUGAGGAAACAAGGAAAGAAAAAAAAAGAAAGCGAUAAAAAAAAGAGAAAGUGAAUAGAGAGAGAGAUAUAAGAAAAAAAGAUAAAGAGAGGUCUUAAAGGUGGGAAUGUGAUUUAUUGUACGAGAUUGACGUACGUGGACAUAAGAAAUAAUUUGAUAAUUACGUGGGAAGAUGAUGUUGAUGAUAAUGAUGAUGAUGAUGGAGAUGAUGAUGAAGAGAUGAGAAAUAAAAAGUAAUUCAGAAAAUCCGAAGACAGAAGAAUCAUAAGUGCGAGUGAUAUAUAUAUAUAUCUAUAUUUCCACAAAAAAGUGAUCGAGUUAAGAAAAGAAUAAAAGAUAAUUAAGGAAGAGGAGGAGAAGGAGGAGAAGAGAAAGUAGAAGAAGAAGAAGAAGAGGAGGAGGAAAGAGGAAGGAGAAGACCGAGACAGAGAGAGAGGAAAGAUCAUCAUGGGAGAGCUUCAGGCAACUAUCGAACUUGCUCUCCACAUGCACAAGUUCUAUAACGUUGACUUGUUCCAGCGAGGGUA